AGAGGGAAGAGCAAACAUCCAUCCUGAGACACAAGCAGGGCUGUAGCCAGAGCCCUGGGUGGGGGAGCUAAUGGGAAACAGCUUGCUGGGGGGAGGGGGACAGAAUUCAGGAAUGGCUGGAGGCUGGCUGCUGAAGAGGGGGCUGGGACAAGCAGGCUGAUUGAGACCAGCUGUUGCUCCUGUGUCUCAGAGAUCUUUGGACUCUGCCCUGGGCGGGCUCACACCCUAUUCUGGCGACAAGGAGCCAGCAGAGACAGCCUGGGGCAGCCCAUCGCUCCUCUGCCUGCCCUGACUCACGGAGCCCUCAGAAAGAAAGGACCUGAGGGGGGCCGCUCCAUCUACCAGCUGGACACCUCCUUUUCAGCCAGUCCCACCCCCUGGCUGCUCCUGCCCAGGAAAGGUCCGGAGGAAGAGGCCAGGGAAGCAGCCCUGCCCACUCUCCCCAGCCCCUCCAUCCACCAGCGCCUGCAUCUGGAGACCCUAUGGCCCAGGCUCGUUGUGGCUGCUGUCCCUGGCUUGUCCUCCUCUGUGCUUGUGCCUGGGGCCACCCAAAAGCAGCGGACCUUGGAGGACAGGAUGUGAGAAACUGUUCCACUAGCCCUCCGUACCUCCCGGUGACUGCAGUCAACACCACAGUGCAGCUUGCAGCCCUCCGCCAGCAGAUGCAGACCCAGAAUCUCACCGCUUACAUCAUCCCAGACACAGAUGCCCACAUGAGUGAGUACAUCGGCAAACAUGAUGAGAGGCGUGCGUGGAUUACAGGCUUUACAGGAUCUGCAGGAAUCGCAGUGGUGACCCUGGUGAAAGCAGCUCUCUGGACCGACAGUCGCUACUGGACUCAGGCUGAGCGGCAGAUGGACUGCAACUGGGAGCUCCAUAAGGAAGUUGGCACCACUCCCAUUGUCACCUGGCUCCUCACUGAGAUUCCAGCUGGAGGGCGUGUGGGCUUCGACCCCUUCCUCUUCUCCGUGGGCUCCUGGGAGAGUUAUGACCUGGCUCUCCAAGAUUCUGACAGACAGCUAGUGUCCAUCACAGACAACCUUGUGGACCUGGUGUGGGGAGCAGACAGGCCUCCUGUUCCAAGUCAGCCCAUUUAUGCCCUGCAAGAGGCAUUCACAGGGAGCACCUGGCAGGAGAAAGUCUCUGGCAUCCGAAGCCAAAUGCAGGAGCAUCCCAAAGCCCCGACGGCCGUCCUUCUGUCGGCACUUGAUGAGACAGCUUGGCUCUUCAACCUGCGCAGCAGCGACAUCCCGUACAAUCCCUUCUUCUAUUCCUACGUGCUGCUCACCGACUCUACCAUCAGGUUGUUUACAAACAAGAGCCGCUUUAGUUCUGAUACGCUGAGGUAUCUGAACUCCAGUUGCACAGGCGCCAUGUGUGUGCAAAUCGAGGACUACAGCCAAGUCCGAGACAGUGUCCAGGCCUACGCCUCAGGAGAUGUGAGGAUCUGGAUUGGGACCAGCUAUACUACUUAUGGGGUCUUUGAAGUGAUACCCAAGGAGAAACUUGUGGCAGACACCUACUCCCCAGUGAUGGUGACCAAGGCAGUGAAAAACAGCAAGGAGCAGGCCCUCCUCAAGGCCAGCCAUGUGCGGGACGCUGUGGCUGUGAUCCGGUACUUGGUCUGGCUGGAGAAGAAUGUGCCCAAAGGCACAGUAGACGAGUUCUCUGGAGCAGAGCUUGUGAACAAGUUGCGAGGAGAAGAAGAGUUCUCCUCAGGACCCAGUUUUGAAACCAUCUCUGCUAGUGGCCUGAAUGCUGCCCUGGCCCACUACAGCCCAACCAAGGAGGUGCAUCGCAAGCUGUCCUCGGAUGAAAUGUACCUGCUGGAUUCUGGGGGACAAUACUGGGACGGAACCACAGAUAUCACCAGAACAGUCCACUGGGGCACCCCCUCUGCUUUCCAAAAGGAAGCAUACACCCGAGUGCUGAUAGGAAACAUCGAUCUGUCCAGACUCAUCUUUCCUGCUGCUACCUCAGGGCGAGUAACAGAGGCCUUUGCCCGCAGAGCCUUGUGGGACGUUGGUCUCAAUUAUGGCCAUGGAACAGGCCAUGGCAUUGGCAACUUCCUGUGUGUGCAUGAGUGGCCAGUGGGAUUCCAGUCCAACAACAUUGCCAUGGCCAAGGGCAUGUUCACUUCCAUCGAACCUGGUUACUAUCAGGAUGGAGAAUUUGGGAUCCGAAUUGAAGAUGUGGCCCUCGUGGUAGAAGCAAAGACCAAGUACCCAGGAACCUACCUGACCUUUGAAGUGGUGUCCUUGGUGCCUUAUGACCGGAACCUCAUUGAUGUCAGCCUGUUGUCCCCUGUGCAGCUCCAGCAUCUGAACAGCUACUACAAGACCAUACGUGAGAAGGUAGGCCCGGAGCUGCAGAGGCGCCAGCUGCUGGAAGAGUUCGAGUGGCUGCAGCAGCACACAGAACCCCUGGCUGCCAGGGCCCCGGACACUGCCUCCCUGGCCGCUGUGUUGGCUGCUUCCACUCUUGCCAUCCUCAGCUGGAGUAUCUAGAAGCUCCAGACUCCCAUGCUGACCCUCUUCCUAGAUGUGGGGCUCACUGGCUCAGCUCCCAUCACCCUGCACCAUACACACCACCCAAGACUCCCACCACCGUCACCACCACCACCAUCAGGCCAUGGCCUGGAAGCUAUUGCCCUGGCCUCCUUCUCCAGGACCAAGCCCAGGGGGACAGGGCUUUUGGCCCUGGGUGGGCCUCCUCUGGACUUGUACACCUCACCCUCAGCUCCCAACCGCAGACCUCACGAUAGGAGGGCCAGCUAGUCCCUUCCCUCCCAUGAGCCCAGUUGGCCCUACCUGGCAGAUCCUGCUGCCACUGCUCCCUCCAAAGACCCAAGACCAAUGGGGCAGUGCCCCCACCUCCAGUGGCUCAUGGCCCUGGGAGAGCCCUACCCUAUCUCCACCUGCUGGAGUAGCCAGAGCUGCUCUCAACCAAAUUAGCCCCUACUUUUGGUCUUUCCAUGCCCUUGAAACAGCCUCUGGCCGCAGCCCAUCUGUCCCCAGCCAAACAAUGGCUUCCUGGCUAUAGCCACAGGGCCAAAGGAACGAGGGCUCCCUUGGGGCUGUCUGCUGUGCCGCCGGAGAGAGAGGAAGGAAGGGUAGUUGAGGCCUUUCAUUUCCAGACUGCCACCCCAGGGUCCGGGAAACAGAGUAGCGGGGUGUGGGGGGGUGUGGGGGCUGGAGCUGGAGGGCAGCCAGGGAAGGUGCCUGUAGACCAGCCCCUCAGCAUGUGAGCCCAUCUCUCCUGAACCCCACGUAGGCUCUGUGCUGAGUGACAGCAGAGCUGGGGGGAUUUGUCUGUGAGAUGUGGCCCUACCAGAAAUUGGGGGAACAGCUAGAACAGCCCCACCCAGUUACUAUCCCGUACUUCCCUAGCCUGGGUGAUGCAAGCGGUUUAUGUUUGACUGUUGACCUAAAGGUUGGCAGUUCGAACCCACUCAGUAGCACCAUGGAAAAAAGGCCUGGUGAUCUGCUUCUGUAAAGAUUAUAACCAAGAAAAUCCUAUGGAGCAGUUCUACUCUGUGUAACACAUGGGGUCGCCAUGAAUCAGAAUCAACUCAACAGCAGCGGAUUUGUUUUUAAAGUUCCAGGGCACACUGUGACAACACUAUUAAAUCCUCGCUGCAUCGUUGGAUAGCCAUUCGCCUUGUCUGGUUCCCCCAUUUUACAGACAGGAAAACUGAGCUCCAGGUAGGGGUGGGACUUGCCCAAGGACGUACAACAUUUGCUUGGGAGAUGGUGGAGCCACGAUGAAUCUACCAGCCCCUCUUUUGCCCUUCAGCACCAGGCAGAAUCCUCUCUCCUCCUUCCCACCCUGUCCCCAGUUGAUGAGCCCUCUGUUAGGGUGAGAAGAGUUGUCUCUAGGGGGGCGGCCGUUAGCCACCUGGGCUCACAUCCUGCUAGAUACUUAAAACACCCUGGCAACCACGCCUGCCUCUGGGUUUUGCAUUGUGUCUGCUGUGUUGCCGGAGACUGCUGUUACCUGUGGUUUUUGUGGUGGGGAAGGUGGGGGCGGGGAUGUGAGGUUCCCAGAAGCUCAGUUGGGGAGCACAUGGGCUUGAGAAUGUGCCUGUGAGCAUGCGUGUGUGUGUAUGCGUGUGAGCAGUGGUACACACACACACACACACACACAUGUCCAGCCAACCACCUGUGCUAAAGGUGUGGUAGCUGUGGAGGGGAGGGAGGGGCCAGAGGGGAGCCCCACACUGGGGGACUUGUCGAGUGUGGUCCAGAGAAGUUGUAGCCAGCACCUUUGCCCAAAGGAACAUAGCCAGGGUCAGGGGUGAGGUGGCUGGGAAGGGGAGAACCAAGUCUCUGGGGCAGGGUACUUGCAAAGGCACCAGUCAGAGGAGUCCACCCCCAGGGCCACCAGGCCUAGUUUGCUGGGUGUGAGAGUGACCUUCUCCGGUUACCCCCACUGCUGCUUGCAUGAAAAGGCCUUAUCCCUGACCCCCUUCCCUGAGAGCUAGUAGGCCCCAACGGUGGGCCCGUUUGCUGAGUAGUUUGCUCUCUCAUCUGCUCGCCCACAAAGACAUCUAGUAAUAAUAAAAUUAAAGUCGUCAUCCUCAUCAUCAUCUCUACCAUUUACUGAGUGUUUAGUAUGGAUCAGGAGCCCUGGUGGCGUAGUGGUUAAGUGUUCAGCUGCUAACCAAAAGUUCAGCAGUUUGAAUCCAUCAGCUAUGAAUUGCAAUCAACUCAACAGCAGUGGGUUGGGUUGGGUUGGGUUGGGUUGGGUUGGGUUAGUAUGGACCAGGUACUGUGCUAAAAGCUUUACAUGCGUUUUCUCAUGUGAUCCCUACAAGAUCCUAUGAGAAGUUACUUUUGUUGUUGUUAGGUGCCGUCGAGUCGGUUCCGACUCAUAGCGACCCCAUGCACAACAGAACAAAACACUGCCCGGUCCUGCACCAUCCUCACAAUUGUUGCUAUGCUUGAGCUCAUUGUUGCACCCCCCACGUGUCUGUCAGUUUGUCGUACUGUGGGGGCUUGUGUGCUGCUGUGAUGCUGGAAGCUAUGCCACCGGUAUUCGGAUACCAGCAGGGUCACCCGUGGAGGAUGGGUUUCAGCUGAACUUCCAGACUAAGACAGACUAGGAAGAAGGACCUGGCAGUCUACCUCUGAAAAGCAUUAGCCAGUGAAAACCUUAUGAAAGUUACUUUUAGCAUUCCCAUUUUCAGGUUGAGGGGACUGAGUGAGUGAGGCUCAGAGAGAUGAACCAACUCCUUCAGGGUCACUCACCAGGUCCAUGAAAGAAGCAGGAUUCAACCCACUUAGACGACUCCAGAACCCGCUCUCUCAGAGAAGGUCAAGUGAUACGGCUCUCACCACUUUAUGGAUGGGAGCGCUGAUGGUGCAACGGUUAAAUGCUCCGCUGCUAACCGAAAGGUCAGCCGUUUGAACCCACCCUGUGGCUCUGUGGGAGAAGGACCUGGUUAUCUGCUUCCAUAAAGAUUCCAAAAAAAUCAUUGCCGCCAAAUCAAUUCCAACUCAUAGCAACCCUUUAAGACAGAGUAGAACUGCCCCAUAGGGUUUCCAAGGCUGUAGUGGUUAAGAGCUCGGCUGCUAACCAAAAAGGUCAGCAGUUCGAAUCUACCAGGCACUCCUUGGAAGCCCUAUGGGGCAGUUCUACUCUGUCCUAUAGGGUCACUAUGAGUCAGAAUUGACUAGACAGCAAUGGGCUUGGUUUUUUGGGCUUUAAUCUUUGUGGAAGCAGACUGCCACAUCUUUUUUCUGCAGAGCAGCUAGUGCGUUCAAACCACCGACCUCUCAGUUAACACCUGAGUGCUAACCACUGUACCAUCAGGGCUCCUUCUGUAAAGAUUACAGCCUAGAAAACCCUAUGGGACAGUUCUACUCUGUCACAUGGGGUCACUAUGAGUUGAAAGUAGACUCGACCGAACCUAACAAUUUCACAGAUGAGGAAACUGAGGUUUGGCCAGGAUCACACAGCUGAUGAGAAGCAAAGACCCAACUCGUAUUCCCUGCACCACACUGCCUCCCCAGGGCCUGCCAGCCCACACCUUCAACUUGGCACCCUGGCACUUGCUCCUGGGGUUUGGUAGGCCAUGGGCAGCAAGAGGUCACUGGGUGCCUGACCAGGACUUUCAACCCAGGGCAGCUCACAUGCUAGCCUUUUGUCUCUUCAGUGCAAGACCCCAAGCUCUGCCUGACGUCUGGUCCCCAUAAUUUAACUGCCCCUUCCAGUCCUCCAUCUUGGGAUCGAGACCUUCCACAAGCAUGGCUGCAGAAGCGGCCGCAGCUACCCCCACUUCCUCUCUUCCUUGGGACCUGGAUGGCCAGACUCUGGACCAUGCAGGGAGAGGGGGCACACACAGCAAGACACCCACACACCGUUGUGAAGUGAAUAUAAAUAAAUGUCCCCUUGGUCUCUCAUCCUUCAUUUUUUUGCUGGAGGGUGGGGCUUACCAAACCGCUCCUCACCUACUGAUUGCUGCUGUGGAGAGGGCCCUACAGAAGAACCACUUUUCCUAGGAAUUAGGAUUCUGGGGUUUUAGCCCCAGCUGUGCCAGCUGUGUGGCCUUGGGCAAGUCACUUGACCUCUCCAGUCUUCAAUUACUCUUUCUGUAAAAUCCCUGUACCGCCUUCCUAUUGUGAUUGUGGUAAGAGGCUCACAAGACCCGGAUGUGAAAACCCUCUAUAAGCCAGGAAGUCACACCGACAAGAGAUAAUGCUCUUACUUGCUCAUCGCUAGUCCAACCCUUGCCUCACCUUUGGAGGUAGGUAAGGAAGGGAUCUGGGAUCCAAAUUUUAUGUAUAAAUAGCCCAGACUGGAAAGGCUUUUUGUUGUCAUUAGCUGCCAUUGUGUCAGCCCAAAUCACGGUGACCCCAUGCACAACGGAAUGAAAUGCUGCCUGGUCCUUUGCCAUCACCAUGAUGGGUUGUGGCUCAGACCGGUGUGAUCCUCAGGGUUUUCAUUGGCUGAUUUUUGGAAGUAGAUCACCAGGCCUUUCUUCCUAGUCCCAGGAAGUGCUGCUGAGAUCUGUUCAGCAGCAUAGCAACAUGCAUGCAAACAUCCACUGACAGGCGGGUGGUGCCUGUGCCUGAGGUUUCUCCACCAUGGAAGGUGAGAAUUCUACUACUAGGUCACCAAUGCCUCAGAAAGGCUUUUCAGGGAAUAGCUAACAUAUGUUUUUCCAGCUAGGCUCCCUGGAGCCCGAGGUUCCUCAGAAAUGGCGCAGGGAUUGCCAAAGAAAGCAGAGAGAGCUCCAACAAAAAGCAGCCCUUCUGGGCUUCCCAUAGCACUUUAUUUGAAGUUGUUGUGGGGCUGGCUUUAUGGGAGUGUGACCUGUCCAAGCACACAGAGCCCCUCACUCAGAAGUGCCCAUGCUUGGUUUAAUGUCCUGCUAUCGUCGUCUUGAAAUUCUUAUAUUUUGAACGAGGGGGCCUGCAUUUUCAUUUUGCACUGGGCCCCACAAAUAUGUUGCCGGUCCUGGAUGGGAGCUCCAUGACUCAACAAAUAAAUAAACAAGCAAAUGAAAAGCUGCUUCAAUUCCUUCAUUGUACAGAUAAGGAAACUUCAAUGGUAGCCCAGAAAGAGGAAGGGACUUACUAAAGGUCACAUAGCCUGUUGGGGACAGAGCUAGUAUUAAAUUCCCAGCAUCCUGACGGUGGAGUGUGUGGGUACUGCAAAUGGUUAACUCGCUCUGCUGCUAACUGAAAGGUUGUAGGUUCAAGUCCACCCAGAGGUAUCUCAGAAGAAAGGCCUGGCAUUCUACUUCUGAAAAAUGAGCCAUUAAAAACCCUCUGGAAGACAGUUCUACUCUGACACACAUGCGGCCACCGUGAAUCAAAAUCCACUUGAUGGCAACUUGUUAUUUUGUCACUCCUUUACUGCCUUUGAUGAGCAAACUGAGGUCUAAGAAGACCUUUUUGAGGUCCCCCAGCAGUGACAACUGUAAUGAUGAUGGUCCUUAACCACAUUUCUUGACACUUUAAAUCUUUUUUGGAAUAGAAAUGGGCAUGGGCAAAAUGAUGCAUACAUACAUACAUAUACACACGUGAAUAGUCUGAAGAGUUCAUUUUACAAACGAUAACGAAGUCAUUCCCUUCUCAUUUGCCAGCCAGCUGGCUCAAGCUCUUCACUGGUUAGGCCCUCGGAAGGGGCUGGGCUGGCUACUCUUCACCCCGCUAAACCACGUCAGCAGUGAAUUUUACCAACUCAGUGGACACUUCCUCAAACCAGUAGGUGGGCACACUCGCUGCCAAAGAAAUAACAGAAAUAUGAAAGAUGCAAUAGCAACUGUUUCUUCCCUGUCUGUCCCUGCCCCCCAUGGCUCAUCACAGCUGGGAGCGGGAGGCACCCCAACUCAGCCAGCUCCUGCCCUGAGGCCGGCCUGGCUCUUCACUUCCUUGUUUCUUUGUGAAACAGGAACUGAGUAAGCAGCUCAAGUAGGGUAGGAUGGGUGGUUGAGAAAGCCCCGGUGGUCCAUGGUGAGGCCCAGGGUGAAGCGGAAAAGCUAGUUUCUCCCCUAGUGGGUCCUGGGUAGCUCUAGGCCCUGUUGCUUGUCACACCUUCUGUGUUAUAGACUAGCUUGGGCUGACAGGCCCUGCCCUCAACACAUGGGAUAUGGGCCACAGGGUCAUGUAACAGUGUCAGAUGGGCCCAGAUGAGAUGUAGAAGCAGGUGCCGACAGGCUGCUGAGGGGAGAAGGUGGCAGCCCCAAAUCAUCCCCAAGGGCUUCUUGGCUAUGUCAAUGGGAGAAACGCCCCAGCGGAUCCUGAAGUGUACUGAUGUGGUGCCAAGUACUUUCCAUGAGCUGGGCACUGAACUGAGAGUGCUCUCUCUAAACGUCAUUGGGACUGGCUCCACUUCCACAAGCAAAGCCCACAUGGUUACUGUUUUUGUCUUGGCUGCUAACGAAGAGGUUGGCAGUUCAAACCCAUCAGCCGCUCCAUGGGAGAAAGAUGUGGCAGUCUGCUUCCAUGAAGAUUAUAGCCUUGGAAACCCUAUGUGGCAGUCCUACUCUGUCCUAUAGGGUCGCUAUGAAUGAGAAUCGACUCAAUGGUUUUUUUUUUUUUUUUUUUUGGUUUAGGGCUCCUUGCAGGUGACAUCACUUGUCUAACCAAGGUCAUGCAGCCAGUAGGUGAUUUUGCAACAAUUUGAAUCCAGGUACCUGACUUCAUUUCUGGGAGGUGUCCUGCUCACCCUCUUCCCUACAGUCCUAGACAAUUGACCCCUUGGGGUCAAGGGUCCACUGCCCAGCGACCUUUGUCUUUGUCCUUGUAACCUUGGGACAGAGUCAUAGGCUGAGUAGCCCAGCUCCUUUUGGUCUCCCAGAGCAAGGCGCUCCAGUGAGUCAUCAGCAUGUUUUUAUCCUCUUCUGAUGUUAAUUGCCACAGCUGCCUGUAGGUGUUUUUUUGGUCUUUUUUUUUUAAAAAAAAAAAAACUGAGACCUUCUCAGAAGUUUAGAGAUUCAGAGAUGAUUGUCCUUCCCCCCAUCAGGCCCUGCUAUCAGUGACUCCGAUUAAAUAUCAUUUCCAAAGCUGAAAGUUCCCUGUGUGUGUGUAUCGUACUUGUACAUGGAGAAGAGAUGUCAAGAUCCUCCUGCCAUUUUUCUCAUCGCUCUCUUCUGUCCUCCUUAUCCCACCUGCGAGCUUCUUCUUCCAGCCUCCCUGCCUCAGAUUGUUGUUAUUAGACAUCAUCAAGUUGGUUCUGACUCAUAGUGACCCCAUGUAACAGGGUAGAACUACCCCACAGGGUUUUCGUGGCUGUUUUUUUAAUCUUUACUGGAGCAGAUUGCUAGGUCUUUCUCCCACAGAACUGCUGGGUGACUUUGAACCGCCAACCUUUCAGUUAGCAGCCAAGCGCUUAACCAUUGCGCCAUCAGGGCUCCUUUCUGCCUCAGAUUACCACCAUGAACUUUGCUAAUGGGUCAGGCUACCAAGGCGGGCCUCACUUUGGAAAUACCCAGGUAUUGGCAAGGGGCUACGUGGUCUCUUCUUGGAUAUUUCUAGAGACAGGAAGAUCACUAUUUACCAGGGCAACAAGUACCAUCGAAAUAUCCAAAAUUACUUCCUUGGAAUGAACCCAAACCUGCCAUGUAUCUGUUCCCCAUCAUUUCUAGCCACACAGAACAGAUCUCCCUCCAUUACACGACAGUCGUUUGUAGCCAACUUGCUUUCCCAUCCCAACCCUCCAGACUCAAUAUUACAGGUGUUUAGUAUCCUGGUGGUACAGUGGUUAAGAGCUACAGCUGCUAACCAAAAGUUCGGCAGUUCGAAUCCACCAGCUGCUCCUUGGAACCCCUAUGGGGCAGUUCUACUCUGUCCUACAGGGUUGUUAUGAGUCGUAAUCGACUCGACCGACUGCAAUGAGUUUGUUUUGUUUUGUUUUAGUACUCCAAGAAGGAGCCCUGGUGAUACAACAGUUAAGCUCUUGGCUGCUAACUGAAUGGUUGGCGGUUCGAGCCCACCCAGCAGCUCUGUAAGAGAAAGACCUGGCAAUCUGCUCCCAUAAAGAUUGUUGUUGUUAGGCACCAUCGAAUCGGUUCUGACUCAUAGCUACCCUGUGUACCACAGGACGGAACAAAACACUGCCUGGUGCUUGAGCCCAAUGUUGCAGCCACUGUGUCAGUCCAUCUCAUCGAGGGUCUUCCUCUUUUCCACUGACCCUGUACUUUGCCAAGCAUGAUGCCCUUCUCCAGGGACUGAUCCCUCCUAACGACAUGUCCAAAGUAUGUAAGACACAGUCUUACCAACCGUGUUUCUAAGGGGCCUUCUGCUUGUACUUCUUCCAAGACAAGUUUGUUGGUUCUUUUGGCGGUCCAUGGUAUAUUCAAUAUUCUUUGCCGGCACCACAGUGAGAAGGUGUCAUUUCUUCUUCCGUCUUCCUUAUUCAUUGUCCAGCUUUCGCAUGCAUAUAAUGCGAUUGAAAGGUUACAUAAAGAUUACAGCCUAGAUUAAGGGGACUUCUAAGUCAAUUGGCAAAAUAAUUAUAUUAUGAAAACAUUCUGCAUCCCACUUUGAAAUGUGGCAUCUGGGGUCCUAGAUGCUAACAAGCAGCCAUCUAAGAUGCAUCAAUUGGUCUCAACCCACCUGGAUCAAAGGAGAAUGAAGAACACCAAGGUCACAUGAUAACUAUGAGCCCAAGAGACAGAAAGGGCCACAUGAACCAUAGACUUACAUCAUCCUGAGACUAGAAGAACUAGAUGGUGCCCGGCCGCAACUGGUGACUGCCCUGACAGCAAGCACAACAGAGAACCCCUGAGGGAGCAGGAGAUCAGUGGGAUAAGCAGACCCCAAAUUCUCAUAAAAAGACCAGACUUAAUGGUCCGACUGAGACUAGAGGAAUCCCGGCAGUCAUGGUCCCCAAACCUUCUGUUGGCCCAGGACAGGAACCAUUCCCGAAGACAACUCAUCAGACAUGGAAGGGACUGGACAAUGGGGAGGAGAGAGAUGAUGAUGAAGAGUGAGCUACUUGUAUCAGGUGGACACUUGAGACUGUGUUGGCAUCUCCUGUCUGGAGGGGAGAUGGGAGGGUAGAGAGGGUUAGAAACCGGCAAAAUUGUCACGAAAGGAGAGACUGGAAGGGCUGACUCAUUAGGGGAAGAGUAAGUGGGAGUAAGGAGUAAGGUGUAUAUAAGCUUAUAUGUGACAGACUGACUUGAUUUGUAAACGUUCACUUAAAGCUCAAUAAAAAUUAUUAUAAAAAAAAAGAUUACAGCCUAGAAAAGCCUAUGGGGCAGUUCUAUAAGUUGAAAUCAACUCCAUGGCACCCAACAACAGUACUUCACAAGUGGACAUGGGCUUCCCUUUGGACCCCCGCUUAAUCAGCCCUAGCAGCUGGGCAUAUAAUGCAACUUCCAGACACCCUCCCCAUCCUGCUCACUCCCUCCUGGGCCUGCUUCAAGGUGGCACCUAUGGUAUAGCACCUGAACCACCAUAGGGUGCCAAGAGAGGGCUGUGAGCACAGGGUACCAUAAUUCUCUCACCUCAUUCAGGAACUUGGAGCCUGCAUCAGGGCACUUUAGCUUAGUGGUUAAUAGCAUGGGCCCUGGACCAAGACUAGACCUGCAUUUAAAACUCAGCUCCCACCACUUACCAGCUGUGUGAUCUUGGGCAACUUGCUUAGCCCCUCUAUGCCUUAGUUUCCUCCCUUAUAGGGUUGUUUGUAAAGCCCACCGCCUGUGUGGGGGAGAGAAUAAGAAAUAUUUGGGACACUUUAUCCAAAUACAUAGACAUCCUCCACUAUCCAAACUCUUACUAUUACAAAUCAGGAAAAUAUCCAUCUGGAGAGUGUGGGAUGCUGUCUAGAUCUAGGCAUGUCUAGAUCUAGGCAGAAAGGUCUGGAAAUCUACUCCCCAAAAUUAGCCAGUGAAAACUCUAUGGGUCACAAUAGAAUAUUGUCCAAUACAGUGCUGGAAGGUGAACCCCUUAGGUUCGAAGGCACUCAGAAUACACAGUAGCCGCAACAAUGGACUCAGGCAUACCAACAUUCGUGAAGAUGGCACAGGACAGGACUUUUCUUUCUGUUGUACGUGGGGUAACGAUGAGUCAGAGUUGAGUCGACGGCAACUAAAUAUCCAACCCACGAUCAUCUACCAAAUCAGAAUUGUUGGGUGGAGGGUAGAAGCAGGGGGCUGCUGCACGUGAAUACAGUCUUUGUGUCUUUGGCAGCCCCAUGCCCAUCCUCGGAGGGUUCAGAUUGAUCUCAUCAUCAGUAGAGACACCUCUCCCAGCCGCCCCACCCCACCCCACACACACACCCUGCAAUAUUACUGCUAAAUCAAGGCUCUUCUGCCCUGUGUUUAUACUUCUGGGCACAUUUUUGCAAUAUUUAUCCCAACUUAGAUUAAGGAUAUCUACUUUAUAGGGUUGUAAACAAACAAACAAAAAAAACCAAACCCAUUGUCAUGGAGUCUGUUCCAACUCAUAUGGGGUUGUCCCAGUGCGAUGAGGAUUAAAUAACGCUUGCAAAGUGCCUAAUGUAGUGCUUGGCAAAGAACGAGUGCUGGGCAAACAGAAGCUUGCCACUCCACCUAGGAUGUAAGCUCCCGGAUGCAAAGGACCUUGACAACUAUUCAUUUUGUUAUCUCCUCCAAGUGCCUAGCACAAGGCUGUACCCAGAGCAAGCUUCAAAGACCUGUCUGCUAGCCCACUAUCAAUUUUAAGGUAUCCUUGUUCAUUGAGAGGAGCCUGGAUGGCUCAAGUGGUUUGCAACUGGCUGCUAACCUAAAGGUUGGCAGUUUGAACCCACUAGCUGCACCCCGGAAGAAAGGCCUGGCACUGCUUCCGUAAGAUUACAGCCAAGAAAACCCUACAGAGCACUUCUAUUCUGUAACACAUGUAGUUGCCCUGAGUCCAAUCGACUUGACACAACGGGUUUGGUUUUUUAUUUGUUUGUUCACUGAACUUCUGACCUGACUCGCUUCUUUAGUCCAGAGCUCUGUGUACCUGGAACACAAUCUAUAAAAUGCAAAUGUGUUGCCCUGAAGGGGAAACCCAUUAAAAGUGUUUAGGACCCAUUAGCCAGCUGGGGCUUGACCUAAUGGACUCAGGCCAGGGUAACCUGCGGGGAGAGAAAAGUCUGGAGAAGGCAAGUCCGGAUGGGGGAGCCCUAGAUUCCCAGUGCAGGAGUUGCUGACCACAGGAGCCAGAUCUGAAAAGGAGCUAGAAGGGGUGGGACUGAAAACGCUCUCUCUCUUCUGCCCUGGAGGCCGGCAGCGCAGGCUGCCCACCUCUACUUCUCUCCAAGGUCCCUUCGCCUCCCCUCGCUGCUUUUUCCCAGGCCCCAGCGAGGCCGCCGGGCCCGCCCAGCGCCCCGGUUUGCCCGCUGCUUUGAAGGCUGCGGUUAGUGUGUGAGCUCUGCUCGCUGCAAACAGGAA